AUGUCAAAUGAAACAGCGUCUAUGAGAGAAAUACAACACAACCGACAACUCAUUAUGCAAGCUCUAAAUAAGAACACAACAAACUUUUCAAACUAUUCUAAGAUAUCUGAGUCAUUGAAAGAAGGAAACUUAAAACUGACAUUAAACCCAAUGACAGAUGAGUUUCUGUUUCAAGACAAUAAGAACCAUACUGUCUGUAUAAAUCCAACAAAAGGAACUUUAAACGAGAAACCUAUAAAUGAACUUCUUUUGAAAGCAGAUGUUGGCAACAAAGCUGACAAAGAAUAUGUAGACGAUGCAAUAGCAAAAGAAGAAGAAAGAGCUAACAAAGCUUAUGCAACAAAAGAACAUACUCAUCCUGAACUAG